AUGCAAAAUGGAGGUCUUUUGGAAGAAUCUCUAUUCCCCGAACUCUUCUAUGUACAACAAUCAUCAGUUCUGUUCCCAAGUGUCCAUCUUUUCAACCAUCAGGUGCCCUGUCUCUCAGAUUAUGUCAGCAGUAUUCCUCCUCCCCACAGCAGCAUCAACAGUCACCUCCAACAGCCAGGAUGCUGCCCUGUCACCAAGCAGUCUACAGUCAGAGGGGACAAUGUGGUAGAAGAUAUCUACGGUGGGGAUAUAACUAGGAAAAGUGACAACAAUAACUGCACGACUCUCUUGCAGCCAGAGGGUGGGGACAGAAUUAUCAACGGUAGCAACAGUCUCUACCACUCUGACAGUUCGUCUGGCCGGGUUACUGAAACAGGUCUUGCAGACCCUGCUGCACCUAGCCCAGCCGUAGGAGUAACUUCUCUUGCAGCAGCUGCAGCUGCACCAUCAACAUCUUGCUGCUCCUCAUCAUCUUCAUCUUCUUCGUCAUCAUCUUCGUCAUCUUUGUCAUCAUCUGCAUCCUCGUCUUCAGCAGCCUCAGUCGUCCCAAGCUUCUGGUCGACAGCUUCGCCUGAGGACACGUUCCUUCAAGGGUUUCAAUCAUUGAAUGGCACGGUUACUUUCCAGCAGUUCCCGCCCAACCCUAGUACCUUGUUUGGAACAGGAAUCACGACUGCACCCCACUUAGGAGGACUGGGGCACAUGGCUGCCCAGCAGCAAGCAACAACACCCCAACGUCGUGCAAUCACAGCUCAUCACAAUUUUCAACAACAGCAGCAGCAGCAGCAGCAACAACAGCAACAAAGACAACAAGCCAGUCUGUUAUUGAACAACUCUAAGACAUACCCAGCCUGGAGUUCAGCCCCCCAGCCGUCACUGUGGACCACAGCUGCGGCUCAACAAGGCGGAGGUGGAGGCAGUGCCGGGGGUGGUGGCCAGGGAGCUGGGGGAACUCAGGGGCAAGGCCCUGUAGUCAGCCCCAACGUCGCAAUGCCCCAAUCCCACCAUCAUCAGCAACAGCAACCCCCGUCCCCUUGGGGUAGUAUCCCCCCUCAGCAGCAACAGCAGCAGCCACCACCACCAACCACCUCACAGCAGCAGCAGAGGCGGUCAAUGCCAAGCAUCAACCCAGUGGCACCCAUCAAAAAGCCAAUCUUUCCACCACAGGCCCCACAACAGCAAGGUGGCACUCAGUCUGUGGGGCCUCAGGGUCGCCAUCUUCCCCAGGGAACUCCACUUCCGCAUCAGGCUCCCUUGCAUUCGAGUCAAACUCAUGCUCAACUAGGCCAGACCUCCUUGAUUUCAGCCUCGAAAUUCCAUCGGAGCACUUCGUUUCCUGGUCAGAUGCCACACCAGGCUGCUGUUGGGGCCAAACCUUCUGUUGAGAUCACAAGCGUUGAUGACCAACGAGAUGUUAUGCUUGCUUACCAGAACAUUCCGAGAGAAAUGUCAGAUAAUGUGGUGUUGUGGACUGAAUCAGGACGUAUGGAAUAUUUACCUGUGUGUGUGACACCCAGCCAUUGGCCCGUGGUCAACUCCCAGUCGCGGCGCGAAACUGAUCGAGGCAAUAAUUAUGACAGCAUGAGGUUUUCAGGUUUGGAAAGCCGUCUUCUUGAUUUAAUGAGGACUAACCCUGAUCCAAAUGAUCAUUUUAAAGUCCAUUUGCCCAGCACCCUCGUCCUUUCCCCACCCUCUUGCAAGUCUGUUUGUCCAGCACCUCCCUCCCUCCUCCUGCCUAGCAAGUCUGGUUGUCGACUAGCCACUUCCUUUAUCUCCCAACACUUGCAAGUUCAAUUGUCCAACAAGAACCUCCUCUUCCUCUACCCUCCCCACCAACUUGCAAAUCUGUUUGUCCAUUUCAACAAUAGAUCAUAA